AUGCCUUGGCAAGUCUAUGCCUCUCUGCUGCCGAUCAUUGGCGGUGUGGGCAUUGCGAGCGCCUCUGAGCUCUCCUUCAACUGGCUCUGCUUUGGAGCUGCCAUGGGCUCCAAUUUGGGCUCCGCCUCACGAGCUGUCUACAGCAAGAAGGUGAUGAAGGGAGACAUUGGUGAGAACAUGGAUUCGAGCAACACCUUCUCCGUCCUGACAAUCAUGGCCACCUUCAUGCUGAUCCCCAUCAGCUUGGCCAUUGAGGGCCCCACCGCAAUGGUCAAGGGCUUCAAGGUGGCCUUGUCCGCCGGCGGCAGCCACUUCAUGUGGCAGAUGAUCCUCAGCGGCUUCUACUAUUACAUGUACAACGAGGUGGCCUUCCAAGCACUUGGCAAGCUGGAUCCUGUGUCCCACGCGGUGUGCAACACUAUGAAGCGCGUGGUCAUCAUCAUCACCGCCAUCUUCGUGUUCCGCAAUCCAGUGACCCCCCUGGGCAUUUUGGGCAGCUGCGUCGCCAUCGCAGGCACGCUCAUCUAUUCCCUCGCCAAGAACAAGUACAGCAAGAAGCGACCCUGGCAGCUUUCAGCCCCCGCGCGCGGAAUGUUUUUGCGCAGUUUUCUGAGCGCCGCGCUCGGUGUGGUUUUUCUCGAUGUGGUUUUCCUCACGGCGGACGGUGUGGGUGGUGCCAUCGGGCGAGGAUUCCAAAGAUCCUGUGUUGGGGGCAUGACCAAGAUGAAAAAGUUGCGACCACGAUUCGGUGCCGUGGAGAUCAACAUGGAUAUGUAUUUGUGCGUCAACCCUGCAUGCAGAAAGCUGCCCAAAAACAUUAUGUAUCACAUGAGCCGAGCCUAUGAUGAGCCUCACAUGGUGUCUUCCAAAGUGAUGAACCCAAUCGGUCGAUGUUCACUACCCAAUCAGCAGCAUUCCUGCAGAUGUUCCUUUUGCCUUUUUGAGCAACUGAUUUAA